GUCGUACAGUUUACCUAUUAUCGAAUUAGAGUGUGUAAUACUAUGCUCCUACGCCGUUCUCCGGUAUCGCCAUUUAUUUUCAAACUGGAAACAAUUGGCGCGUGAAAAAAAAUGCAGCUUCGGACAAGUGUGUAUAUUUGUUCCUAUGGAGGAACGGGGUUGGGCGGUGUCCGCUAUCUGUGCUCACGAGAGCAAAUCGGUAAUGACGAAAAAUUGUAAUAAAUUAACGGGUAAUUGGUAUUGGCCGAUUGACCGCACUGUCACGAUCUCUAUGCGCGAUGCGUGAGCCCGCAGCGCUGUCCGUGCGAACCUCGGCGCCCCGGGCCAACAAGGUUAAUUAGUUCAAACUAACCUCCAUCUGCGCCGGUGUGCAUAGAAUGCGAUUAAAGAUUUCACACCGCCGUUCCACCUCGAUAAGUUUCAAUCAUGCCUCGAGUACAUGGCGUAAGCCAUUCCUCUCCUUUUCAUUACAACUGUUACACUCUACAAACAGUGCGUUGCACUUGCACACACGUUUAAUCGUUAUCGUAAACACAUACAACAGAGUAUUUCGAUUUCCUUCCGCUUGCUCCAUCGUUUUCAAACACUCCGUGUAUCGUUAUAAUUCUACUCGUCUGAAACUCCAGACGUAUCAACGAAAAGUUAAAAGCGGGGAUAACCGGUGUACUCUGAAUCCUGUUAUACAAAUUGCUCGUUAGUUGUGUUCGUAAAACUGUACUGUAAUUAAGAAAAUAUUGAUAAUUACUAAGAAGAUUAAUUCCUAGAAAUCUUCGUUCGUAGAUAAGCUUACGUGAAAAACGAGAUUAUUGAACUGAUACGAUUACCCUUUCGUGUUCUAUGCAUUUCCGGCAUUGGUAUCUUAUCGCAAAUUUGAUAAAGUUUAAAGUAAACCGUAACUAUUGCACCUGCACUUAGGUGAAAACGUGAUUGCAUUUAGUUUAUAACGUUCUAAUGCCUCGAUCGGUAUCGUUCGAUCUUCGAAUACAUAUUUGGGGAUUCCUAAAAACUGUAAGUUUUCUGAUGAACUUUGAAUCAUUCUGUUGAUUUCCUGUUCAUUCGUAAACCAAAACCAACGGACAGAAUAAUUGAACGAACGCUGUUCUUCGCGCUCGACGCGUAACCGUUUGACUGGAAUCAAUAUGGCUGCAUCCACGGCAGCGAAAUAAUGACACCGUAGAGGUUAGGUUUCCGCUUCUAGGGUGACGGUAUUAUUUCACUUAUCUGGCUUCUGGCAAACAUUCUCACGUACGAGAUGGCGUCGACGUUGUAUCGGAGCCUGUCGAUUCUAAAACGACUUCUUUUCCUACUCGUACAAUAUUCGUCAUGUCGUCGAGCGAUGGUGAACAAACUCUGGUGCCAAGAGGUGGCGAGGAAAUGGUUUUACAAAAAGGACGAACCGCCGCACCCACGACUGUUUUCCGAGCCGAAAUGCCAGAAGCACGUAGCCACCUGGUACCUGCUCUACCGUUGGCUAAUUUUCAUGGCCUGGGCCUGCAUCAUCGUGUGUUCGAUCUUCGAGUUCGGUAGCUACAAUCCCAUGGGCGCGUACGAGACAUGGCCGAUCUACUUGACCAACUGGGACUUGGUGAUGGGCCUGUCUCAGGCCCUUCUCGGCGGUCUUCUUGUAUCGAGAAGAUGGAAACUGCAAAAGAUACCAGACUUCAAUCCAUCUACGUUAACGUCAGGAUUAACGGAGAAAGCUUAUUGGUUCCUUUACGUAGUGACUACGAAUAUCGCGCUCGGCGUUACGAUCACUUAUUGGUGCAGCAUUUACGAUCCCAAAAUCCAUCGUUUGGAUCCCCUAAAUAUCAUGCUUCAUGUAUGUAACAGUAUUCUAAUGGUAAUUGAUUUCUGCGUAACGAAUAUACCGUUCAGAUUGAGAAACAUUUGGUGGUGUUUUACUAUAAUGUUCGGUUUCAUCGUAUUCUCGGUAAUAUAUUAUUUGGCCGGUGGUUUAGACAAGAACGGUUACCAUUAUAUUUAUAAGAUCCUUGACUGGAAGAAACCAGUGCAAACUACGUUAGUGUGCAUCGGCGAGACCCUAUUUAUAACCGUGUUAUAUUCCGUAGUAUGCCUUCUAGAACAUACCAAACAUCGAGUCUACCUUAAAAUCGGCAUUAAAUCGCUCGACGAGACACAGAAUUCUGUUUCGGAAAAACGGGCCGACAUUGUAUAGAAAUUCUAGACUAUCUACUACGACGAUGUACAGUUCCGAAGCAAAUUAUCGUUUGUAUCGCUCUAAAUCGUAGCUCUAAGUAUUAAUAGCGUAUUUUCUUAGAUAGCGUUCAAUUUUCUAUGAUUAAACGAUCGCGAAUAGGGCCUAAUCGAGAGAAUAGAAGGGGAUUUUCAAUUUUAUACUCAUUCAACAUAUUUCUACCACGCUUUUAUGCAUACCUAGUUUCAGCCAAGAGUUGUUUCUUGGCGCCUUUGGUAGAAAGUGUUAAUGAAGUUUAUCCUAAUAAUAACCCAACUAAUUUUCAUAUAAUGGUUCCUUUACCGUGCAUGGUAUAACAAGCCACGCGCGAAUAAACUUAUAACGGUGCGUAUACGUGCUCCAACGAUACUGUUUCAUUGAUAAUUUAGAUGUUAUAAAAAAAAAAAAAAAUGAAUGUAAAGUACAACGUAUUAGAUGGCAAAGAUAUAAUUUUUUUAAUACAAAAAUAUUUGUAAUAAGAAAAAAAGUAACUAUGCCGUUGUGUUAGGAAAUUAUUAAACUAUCAAAUUUAGCAAAACACGUGUA